AUGGGCAUCAAGCGUGUUUCCAGCCCCCCACAGAUUACCUCAGUGCUUAGGGUGAGCAAGUCAGCUGCAGCACCUGAUGGAGCUCCCAGGGACACCAUUGCCAUAAUGAAAGAUGAUUCGGUGAGAAACACAAUCAUAAAUCACUCCAGAUCAUUAGGAAAUAUUUCCUUUCAGAGUGGCACGGUGGCAGUAUAUGGAGACAUUCCGUUUUCUGCAUUAGUGGAAAAGAGGAAGCUGGCACCAAUAGCCAGGAGAUUAAGAGACUGCUCAAUAAAAUACAGGUGGGGAACAGAGGUCUCCAUUCAAGCCGCUCAUGGAGAUGGUAUUCUUACCCUCUCCUUGGCGGAUGAUUCAGAGGCAUUCCUGGGGAACCUGGGACCUCCACCAGGCUGCAAAAGGGGGUGGGGGGGAACAGGGGACUAUACCAUACAAAUGCUAGAUGCAUUACCUAAGCUAGACAUUAAUGGAAAUGUUGAAGUGGCUAAAAAAUACAAAAGAAGAAACGAUAGGACAAAAAAGUAAGAGAAAAAUCAGAAAGGAAAGGAAUCGGGAAAAGAAAAAAAUAGACCGGUUUCAUUAUAUUUUUUAUUUACUCACAUUUAGUAUUCAUUCAUGAUAUACAUUAUCUAGUAGACUUGUGCACAGCAAAAAAAAUAGUUUUGGCCAAACAGCAUCGUCGAAAAAAUAAAAUGAAAAAGUAUGGGUGGCUGAAUUCCAUGCGUGUGGUGGUUCUGCUUGUCACAACUCUGGAAAACAAACCAGACAAACUAAAAGGGCACAAUAAUGGAUCAAUCAGUGAACUGCAUUGUGUAUUUAUAUAUUAAAUAUAUAAAGAUAGAUUUAUUUAUUUUUUUAAACUGAUCCUCCUAUUGGUCAGUUAGUAGUUCCUAUUGGUCAGUUAGUGGCUGUCCCCUAGAUAUCAAUAACCUUUUUUCCCAUCAAUCAUCUCUUUUCUUCGUGACACAGUCGGAAAUACCAAUCAUGAAUAAAACAAACAUAGUGUGUUCAUUGCAUGAGCUGUUUCUUUUGUGUUUAGUCAAAUGAAUUAGAGUUCGUAACGAAACAAAUCUUGCUUAUUAUCUAGUGUUCUCACUGUCUUGUAGCCUUUUCUGUUUCCGGUCAGCCGUUCUGUUACCCCAACCAUUUUGUAAAUCCAUUCUUCAUGUUACUAUUUUCACUACUCCUCCUACCUAUCUUUUCUGCCAUUUUAUUACCUCAUUUGUCUCUCUGAUAUGAACAUUUUUGAUUUACUAGCCCCAUGUUGUCAGACCUUCCUCUAACCUCUGGUAUGUCCUAUUUACAUCAACUGUCACCUUUUUCUCCCUCGCUAUGGUAGCCACCAUUCUUCAUUAAUUAAUACAUCUGUCCAUCUGCGGUUUCCCUUGUCUCUACAUCUUGUGACUUGCUUUCAUCUUGCUGACCUUUGUUCCAGUAGCCAUUCAAAACUGGAAGAGGAGCCAUCUCUCAAUCUUUCUACAUGCCCCAUGACAGCUCUAUAGUCCUAGGUCCGGCAACCUCAGCACUAAUAUCUGAAAUUAUGCAUAUAGACUUGUUUUGAGAGCAAGUGAAUUAAGUGGCUCAUUAAAAAUUAACAAAAUACUUACAAAAAAAACACACAAUUUUGGGGUGGAUUGGACUUAUGACAUUGAGCUUGGAGCUCCUUCAACGUCGAUGUUAUCCAUCAACAUUUAUUAAUCCAUUGAUAUGCAUGGCAGAAACCCAGAAGUAAUUCAUUCAGAUAAUUACUACAUUUAAUCUAUCAUUUUCUUUAUCAGUAACAUUUUUAUAACUUGCCUGUAUGUGACCUUACCCAUCCAUCUGAGGAAGACAAAUCAUGAUGAAUUUCCAGAGAUUUUGGAUCCUUUCUUAUAAAUAUAUUACUUUUCAAUCACUUUAAACUCUUUAUUACAAACAUAUAUCACCUGCCAUUUAUUCAUCUAAAAAAAUACAACAGUUUUUUUUAUUUUGUGUGAAAACUCAAGAGAUUUUUUUUUUAUCUCCUAUGUCUAAGAUAAACAGCUCACAGUGAGUUUUAAUCUGACCAGAGUCUGUGAAUACCUUAUAGUGAUUCUAUUAUUGAAAAGCACAAGUCCAUGGAGAUAACAGUAUAUUUAUACCUAUGCAAGGCUAUUCGCCUUAGUGAUGUACUUGUCAUCAUCAUAAAUAUAAAUCUCUGAUCUAAUACUUUAUAUGAGACCUGGAUAUGCUGCAUGUUGGUUUUUAGACAAAUUGCACGUUCAAAAAUAGCACCUUUCAUUCUAAAAAUACAGAAUGUGAAUCUUAAAAAGGGAUAUUUUUCUCUUCUAAGAGGAAGUUAAAGAUUUGCCUGUAAGUUUAUGUGCGAUCUUAAUAGACUUCCCACAAAUUCACAAUGCAUAUGCAUAAAAGCAUAGAAAUUGAGAUUUCUGUCCUUAUUCUAUUCUGUCCCCCACCACAAGCCCCCUUCAUCUUACCUCUUUGCAUCUUACCGAUCCUUGUCCUCUCUUCUUGUUCAUUUUAUUAUCAUGAUAAUAGGUUUGUCUUGCUUUUGUGUCUUUCCUACUCAGUUUAAACACAGUACAGAUAACCCCUUCUAAAAAAAAGUCUACACUUGACGCAAAUUCUCUAAUUACCAUUUUAAAGGAACACUCCAGGCACCAUAACCACUGCAUCUCAGUGUAGUGGUUAUGGUGCCAGGAGUGCCCUUCCACAGUAAGUAGUGAAACUGUGUAAGAAUGAUUUGACAAUUUACCUGGGGUCCACUUAUGCUCUUAGUCAAUGAGUCAGUCCUACAUGCACAGCCUAACUUAUGGCUUCAGAGGAUCCUGGGUAAGUUCUUAAAUGCUUUGAAUUCUUACUGUGGGAUGGUGCCACGGUACUGCUGGCAACAUAAUAACCAGGAUAGCGAGCUGCUGUGGUCCUGGUGCUUGGUGUUAAAUUCUUUUACACCUUUUAUUUAUAAAGCUUCUCUACAGUGUCUUCUGUUCUGGCCUUUUCAUGCUACCUCUUCAUUAUGGCUGUUAUCACAGCUCAAUCCUUGAUUUCUUAUCUUUCUCACAAGACACGACCAGGGUGAUCUGAUUAGUUCCUUUGGAUUUUAGUAUCACUUUUAUGGUGAGGACAACCACAUUCCCUGGACUCUCACAUUCCCUUAAACACUGUCAUUAAAUAAGUGUCCUCCAUUUCUGCCUGGUUGACUGCAUGUUCUCUGAAAUUCAACAAUUCAUUGUUUUUACUUUGUCAGAAUCCUUUCAGGUCAAUAGUGCUACCAUUGACUAUGACCUAAAUAGCGGUUACGUUAGGGUCCUUUUGGAUGCUAACCCCACUUUUACUCCCAUCACCUAGUCAACAUACAAAUCCUGCCAUGUUCAUCCUAAACAUGCUGCUCAUAUGUGUUAUGUCCCAAAGUGUGCGCUUGUUCUUAAAUAGUGAAUGCAAUGCUGCGAGUGUCUACUCACUAAAUUAUACACACAGGGAUGAGGUCUCAAAUCCAGAAGCAGAGUAUUACUUACUGUAUACAGGAUGAGUCAACACAAGGCUUUCUUACUAUACACAUUAUGAAGCUUCCUAACCUAUUAUUUCAGUAUCUUCACAAGUUGGCUGAAUUCCGUUAACCAACAAGAUGGUUGCUGUUUCCAGAUGACCAGUACAUCCUCCUUCUCCGAGCAGCAGGAAAAAAAGGGUAGGGGCAUAAUGCCACCCCCGACCUGGGAAAACUCUGCGAAAGGCAUUGAGUCUGUCUAAACAUCACACUAUGCAAUCCUUCCUAAUACAAUGUACACAGUAAAUGUUUGUCCACUCACUGAUUACCACGCACCUUGACACCUCUAACCUGCUUCUCAUUGGUCUCAAGCCUCCUUGCAAUCCAUUGUUAUGCUGUUGCCAGACAUAUUUUCCUGACCUCCCUCUAUUCUCACAUCUCACUCCUAUGUAAGACAUUGCACAAUAUCUUUACAAAUUUUAAAGAGAUACUUUAGGCAUCAAAACAACUUUAGCUUAAUGAAGCAGUGUAUAGAUCAUUCCCCGAGCAUUCCCCGUCCCUUUUAAGGUUAAAUUUAAAAUCAUAUUUAUUACUUAUAAAGUUCUCUAUAACCGUGUCCAAUAUACAUAUCAUCACUAAAAAAAAGUAUGCCCCAUCAUGGCCACACCCCUAUGUCAAAGACUGGCACCAUUCCUCUGUUACAUCUGCAUCGCCAACACUCAUUUUCAACACUUCUCUAGAGUCACACCAUUGUUGUUGAAUUCCUUUCCUGGACUUAGGCAGAUCCAGCCUAUAUUCUGAGCAGGUGUUUUGGCACACAAUCCCACAGUGUAUGCUGUUCCUGCUAACAUCUUACAUCCAGCUACUAUGUGUUGGGUUGUCUCAGAGGCCUCAUUGCACAGUCUGCACCUUGGUUCUUCCCUGGUGUGGUAGACUCCUGCUUCUAUUGAUAUGGUUCUGAGUGCCUGUUCCUGUGCUGCUAGGAUUAAUGACUCAGUACUGUCUUUCAGUCCUGCCUUUUUCAACACUAGUAGGAUUCUGACAUGUAAGCCACAUCCACCAUCUGCUGGUGGUACACCCCAUGUAGAGGUUUCUUGCCAUGGAGCCUCCUUCUUUUUUGCAUUCCCAUAGCAGUUUAUCUUUGGGAGCCAUCUUCAUAAUGUACUUGUGAAUGCUCUGGGUUUCAUCCAGGACUGUAGCCUUUACACUCAUCAAGCCCCGACCUGCUUCUUUCCGACUUCCUUGCAGUCUCUGGGUGCUGGAUUUUGGGUAGAAUCUUCCAUCAUAGUGAGUAGUUUCUGGGUCUUGAUAUCCAUGAUGAUCAGCUCUUCUCUUGGCCAGGUUACUAUUCCAUCUGAGUACCUGAAGGCAUAUGUAUCGAUGGUUUCAAUCUUGCCAUUGAGCUGAGACUUCAGGACCUGUCUGACUCUCUGUGGUUACUUGCAUGUUGCUAUCCAUCUUGACUCUUCCUCAUGGUUGCCAUGUGUUUGUGGUACCCCUAGGAACUUGUAGCUGUUCUCUACAUCUUCUACCUGGCCUUCUUGUACUUGAACUCCUUCUGUCCUGAUCAUCUUCCCUCUUUUUCAUAUCAUCCGUCCACAUCUAGUCCGAAUAAAUGCACACAGUCAUAUACAUGGUCAUUUAACCAUGCAUGCACACUGCCACAUAUACUGUAAUUUAACAAUGCCUGCACACUAUCAUUUACCAAUACAACAUGGGACAAGGGGAACAGGGUGGCUAAGUGACAAAGUGUAAGAGGGACAGUGACAACAGACAAGGGGAUAAGGGUUUAGGGGGACCAAAUGACAGGAGAGCUAAGAAUUCAGAAUGGAAAAGAGUGAAAGGGGCAACAGGAUAGGGGUAUAUGGGAUUAAGGAGACACAGGAGAAAGGAUAACUAGGGUUACAGGGGGUUAGACAGACAGAGUGACAGGGGGUUAGAGCCUUUAACCUCUUGUCACUCAGUUGUCUUAGCUCUGUGUCACUCUGUCAACCUAAUGCUUUGAGGGGAGGGCAAGGAGUCAUAUUUACAUUGUCCCUCUUUUUAAAGCCUCGCUAGUCUUUGGUAGCUGUAUUAAGGCUGUUGUUUGAAGAGGGAAGCUGUCUGGAGAACUUGGGAACUGCACAGUGAAACUAUGGCUAAGAAUUCUACGCAGAGGUUUGCCAGGGAGUCUCGGAGGAAGCUGGCAGUUGUGCCUUUCUGACGUCUUUGAAGGGGCCCUCCAACUCGGCUGCAUGUUGGAGACCAACUAGGGAUUCGUACAGUCAGACUCCAUGGUUGGAGGAAUCAUAGACCGCAAUGGCAGGUUUAUUGUGUGCACGAGAUAAUCAUAUUGUGCCCAUGACCUACAUAUCUUGUGUGUACGCAUUUAGUAUUUUGUGAGCACAAUCUAGUAAAUGAUGCCCAUGAGAUAGCACAACAUGCACACAAUUUAAAAAAUAAAUAGAAAUUCAUGCCACCUGUGGGGCUCUGUAUAAUAGUGAGUAAACAAAAUUUAAAAAAAAUCUAAAUUAAACCAAUUUAUAACCACCAUCUGCCUACAAAACAGCAUUAAUUAUUUUGGGUACACAGUAUUGUAAGAAGCUCAGCAGGUGGGGUCCAUACCAUUGCUUCCAAGACCCCUUGUUCUUCUUUACACUGCCUAUCCUUUUUAGCAUUAAGGAGACCAUUUAUUCUGACUAAAUACCCAAAUUUUUUUGCAGAAAUACAGCCCCAUACUUGCAAUGAACCUCCACCAUGCUUUGCUGUUGCCUGCAGACAUUCAGUCUUGUGCCACUCUCCAGCCUUUUAAAAGAAGCUAUCUAUAGCCAUAUAAUUACAAUUUUCAUCAGGCCAGAGCAACUGCUGCAGUUUUUAUAAAAUAAGUAUUGAAUACAUUAAAUAGACAUUGCAAUUUCUUUUGUUGUGUAUCUCAUUUAAUUUCAGGAGGAAAUAUAUUACAAUAUGUUCCACUUUACUGUUGUCAACUCCAGCACUGGACCUUACACUGGACCUUAAUUUGUAGAGAAAUUAAUUUCUUACCCAUAGUUCUGUUCAGUCACUCGGACGUACUAUGAAUGGACAAAUUAAAGGGACACUAUAGGCACCCAGAGCAGUUCAUCUCAUUGAAGUGGUCUGGGUGUAGUAUCCCUGUUCCCUUAAUCAUGCAUUGUAAAACAUUGCAGUUUUAGAGAAAUGUUAAGACAGCCUCUAGUGGUCAUCUACCAGACAGCCACUAUAGGCGCUUCCUGCAGUUCCAUGAAGUUUGACUCCGUGAAACCACGCCUGAUGUCCUCACUUUCAUCGUCAAUCAAAACCCCAAAGGAAAGAAUUUAGUCAGUUAUAGUGAUGGGAAUACACCUUUGUAUUCCUAACACUAAAGUGUUCCUUUAACACAUAUGUCCAGGCUACAAUAAAAGAAUGCAAUUGACAAAUAACAUCAAUGUUUUAACUAAGCUGACACUUCAGAUGUCUGCCACCCCAAAAAUGCUAAUACAGGAUUACUUAGAAAUACCAAUAAGCAAGGUCAUUUAAUAUUUGUUUUAUUUAACAUGUAUAAAUAUGCUAAAUGGGUUUUGGUGAACGUUUUGAAUUAUCACUUUAGUAAAUAGUCCUGAAAUUGUCGUUUUUGUCCUAAUUGCAUGCGCCCAAGUUUCAAAUAAUAGUUUUUUUAAUAAAAAUUAUUUGGCAGUGAGGCAGUUAAGAACUACCGAACAUAUAGUUAUUUCUUGAUGACAGGAAACUAGGAACAGAUAUUUUUUCUAUUUGGAAAAGUAAAAUAAAAAGCAAUCUAUCACUGUGUACUUGUAAUAAUAAACAGAUUCAUAUUCUGUUCUUAACAUGCUUUGAACUAAAAGCUAACUUUGUUGGCAAAUAGAAAAACUCUGAUAACCUGCCUGAUGUCUGUCCAAGUGGACUAUGUCAUCUCCAACUGAUUGGAGCAACAGACAUUUCUGCUGAGUGGAGUCAGUCUAUCUUUGCCAGUUAGCUGGAAUAGAUACAGACGGUGAUUGGGUCAUGCAGAAUACAUUCUUGCCCUGUGAAGUAAGUCUGUUUGUAUUUUAGGUUUGCCAGGACUAAUGAAUUAAAAGCCUUGACCUCUUCUGGUUUGUCACUUUUUAAAGCCUCUGACAAGAGGGUUUUUCCCCUGAAGCAUGACAACAUACUAAAAGUUCAGUGCGAAGGAAUGAAACUAAACGUUGCAUAGAGGAGAGAAGCAACGAGCGGAGGUCCUUUGGGAAAGCAAAGCCAUUUAGACAUUCAGGUAGCCCACAUGCUGCACUAGCAGCUGUCCGAGUCUUUCAUUGCCUGUCAGUCUGUUACUAUGCAGCAGGUGCAGACUUUUCUGCUAUUGACUUUUUACUCCAUAAAGACGAAGACCAGCCAAGUCAGUGACUGACGCAGGAUUACUCAAGUGCAGACACACUCAUCUGAGUGAGGUAAGAGAACAGGUGUGGAAACAGGAGGACUACGCAAAUGAAGCCGUAACAAGCCUUAAUCUCCUUUCUGAUACAAAUGUUUGCAAAUGUAAACCACUGUCAGCAUUGGAGACAGUUGUUCUAGCAAGGGGUCGUAUGCUAAACUCACACCAUAUGGUCAGCAUAUGGACACUGUAGCUAUGUACUAAGCAGCAUGCCUAGAGUGAGUGUUAACCAGAGGGAUGAGUUUCUGGCACAGGCUGUUGGAGAUAUGGGUUGUAGGAAGGAAAACGACAGUUGUAAUCUAAUGAGCAUGUUUAUUUUACAUUGUUCUCUCCCAUCCAGUGCAUACAAAUAAGGGUCAUUUAGAUACUACAUUUUACUUAUUAAAGUGUGUUCUUCAGGCUUGGAGUGGAAUUAAGUGAGAAAAUUGUGUGUCUGCAAAAUGUAGGGGGAAAUGCAUUUGAGUAGUUCUUGUUCUAUCAGGAUAAUGAAUUAAACUGCACGUGACUCUGACCUCGUGCUGUGUUUCAUGUCUGCUUAAAAUAAAGGAAGAAGAAGAUGUUAUAAACAAUAUUACUAUUGUUUCCAAGUAUAUUUUAGAACUGACAGUAGCGCUUUCAAUGUUAUUCACUAGACUUUAAUCUGAAUGGCAACAUUUAGGCAACAAACACUGCUCGGGAAAAAUUCUCCAACUGAGCUCUAGUCACAACUUGGCUAUUUUAGCCUCAGUUUUACAAUUUGUGUUUAAUUUGUUUAAUUCAGAGUUUAGUGAGUUAUCCUGGUAGAUGUUUGUGUGUUUUGUUGAACUAUUUUGGCUGUCGAUAUGGAAUAGCUGAUUAGAGUUUCAAACUAAGGAGAGUUGACAUGAAGAUUGCAAAUGUUUCCAAUAUAUGUAUUUUGGCCUAAUGUUUGCAUAUGCCUUGCUUACAGAAUAAACCUCAAAAGGUGAGCCAUUUAAAUGGUUAAUAAACCUUGCAUAAGUUAAUGUACAGGGUAAGCAGCAAAACAACUUUAGCUUAAACAGUUUUGGUGUAUAGAUCACGUCUCUGCAGUCUCAUUGAUCAGUUCUCUGCCAUCACUUUGUUUAUAAAGCCCUAACCACACCUCACCAUUUGGCUGUGAUUCAUACAGACUCCAGGUAAAAAUUGUUUCAUUUUACGGCAGAGUGUGUUUACCUUAGACAUUUUUAUUUCCUGCUUUUUUAGAGCACCACUGUCACUUUCUGGGAUCUUUGUAUAUUUCCCAAAGACCUUAGAUGGUGACAUCAUCACUUGGUGUUCGAUGGCCCAGAAAGAUAGGUUUUAUUUACGUGAAACUCUCCACCUCACCCAACAACAAAUCCAUCCGGGGAUCCUCUUUAGUUAUAAGUGCUUGUCUACCAGGAGCCUACAUCAGUGCACUGAUGUCUAUAUGGAGGAUCCCACGAAAUCGCAGGUGCCUCCAUAGACAAUGCUUUUUUUCUCACAACUGUCACCAGAGACAGCUUGGGGAAUAGACAAAACUUGAUGGUGGUAGCUUUUCCCAAGUUUUCUCAAGAGGAGGGAAAAUACAUAAGCCCAAGUAGUCUUUGGUUAUAUCUGCAUUAAAAAAAUGUUUGGAGGAGGAGGGGUCACAGAACCACUUUAAUCUGACAAGGGAGGCUGCUGCAGCCUCUGUCAGACAACUAAUAGAGCAGGAGAUGUAAGGAGACGGUGUCAGUCUCAGCCAAUGAAGGUGUAGCUAGGCAACACAUAUAAAGAAAGUGCUCACUCCUAAAUGGCAGAGAACAAAGCAGUGACCUACAUGGGCAUGAUUUGUACACCAAAACUGCUUUAUUGUCCUAAAAUUUCAUAUUUUAGGCCAAUGUAGCCAAAUUAGAAGUGUAGCUGACUUAGAGAAUCCUUCCAAUAUUGCUAUUAGGCCUUACAUUUUAACUUCACAUUGAAUUCUUGUAAGGAUACAUCCCCUUGUGCUAUAGCACUCACCUGGUGCCCCUACCUAGCCCAGUAGGCAUCAGAUCAGUUUCACACCCUUAGACACCUUUUUCAGCAUUUCUGAUUCCAGAUGCUGUAGCCACGUCCCUUUGACAUCAUUAAGCCACCCACAUUCCAUGACAUCAUCACAUCAUUGUGGACACCCAAUCACAUUUUAGGGGUGGGGCUAUACAUGCCCCAGAUAUAUAAAUACUUGCAGUGGUUUCCAGUUUGGUCAUCUGAGAACAUGUUUUUUCUAUACUCUGAUUACUGGUUAUUGAUCUUGGCUUGUCUCGACUACCUCUGAUCUCUAUAUCCCUGACCUCGGCUUGUUUAUAGAUUUAGUGUAUCUCUUUUGCCCAUUACCUGUUAUUUUACAUUUCUAACCCUUAGCACAUUAAGCCUAGCCUUCUAAUACGUACUGCUAUCUACUGUUUGUCCUGUACUUGUGUGACCUUAUUCUGCAUGUUUGGUUACCUAUCCUGACAAUUCUCACUUUAGGGAAAAACUCAGAAAGACUCCAAUGAAAAAGGUUUAAGUUUCAAUAAGAUCAUACAGCACAUUGUGUUUACUUUAGAAGUUCUUAACUCAUGCUUUAUUAAUUGAACAUUAAACACCAGAUUUCCCAUUAGACAGAGUAGGCACCAAAGUACACAUCCAUUAGAAAACGGUUUCAUUUGUGGCUUUCUUUAUUUUUGAUGGUGCAUAGCUUGACAGGAAUAAGGAGACAUUUUGGAGGAGUACAAUACACGAUGCAUAGUCACAUUAUUAACAAGAAAUAUCUAAUUACUGCACUUUUUUGUAAGUAAAGAAAAUCAAGAGAGGAAGCAUGUCAGUAAAAAAGUAAUAUGAAAAAUACUAUACUGCUGAGUACACUAACUGACAUUAUGAUUGACGUUAGAUACCAUUGGGUUAAAGAGAACAUUAGAAAGAGAGAAUAACAUAUAAAAGCUCUAAACAUAAAUGGUACAAAGAACUCUAGAGGUUGAGGCUUGAGGCUUCCAUCAUUCUGUAUGCCCAGACAACUCCAUUUGGGAUCUCAGGCCCAGCCAGGAUUGUUUUACAUCUCCUACAUCACCAAUCUGCAUUGAGUCAUCUGAGUGUUGCACUGCGUGACAUGAGUUAGUCCACUUUGCCAUGGUUCUCAGUUACAGUAGCUCCAGGUUUUAGAGGGGGUCUGUGCCCCCAUGUCAAUGGAUCCACCAUCUUAAGGUUAGCAAAAUUGUGUGCCCUUGAGGCCCUCAGGACAAGGACACCACCGUAGGUGUAUGGACGGCUGCCCAGCUGUCUCACCAGGUGAGCCCCCUGCCAGGAAGAGGAACAGGAGAUGGGGCAGGUUGCUUUGGGUAUUGCAGGAUUAAGAAGGGUAAGUACCUUGUGUCGGGCACUGAGUCGCUUUCAGAACUCCUGGCAGAGAGCAUUAAAUCUGGUGCUGAAGAAUUGACUCCAAUCUUUAACCUUGGGGCCCUCUCGGUAGGGUUGAAGUUCCAACACGGCAGCCAUCUUGGACUAGCAACGGGGUAUCCUGGCGCCUAUAAAGGAGAUUACUGCCUCAGUAGCCAUUUUAACCCCUAGUGGGGUCUGGGAUAUUCCCCCGGUCCAAAGGGGGGUGAACAGGGCUGCACGAGAGUUGCUGCCAAAUUGCCUUCAGAGAUCAGCCGCCUCUAAUCCGCUGUCAAGCGCCAGACCUGUGAUACCGGAGGUAAGCUGUGCUUCAGUGAACCCCCGUAGGAGCAGACCAAGUGUUAGGGAUAAGGGGUAAUUUUAUCACAAUGAAUGCUUCCAGAUGCUGAAGAUACUCAUCAACAUGUCCAGCUAUGUUGGGAGUCAAGACCCGUCCCCAAAAUGGCUUACUUUUUACAGCACAAUGUGUUCACUUUAGGCACUCUUCUCUUCAACUUUGUUAAAGUGCCUCUGUCACCUUCUGGGGCCUUUGGAUAUUUUGCAAAGUUUCCCAACAGUGACAUUGCUUGGUGAGCAAUGGUCUGGGGGUGUAGGUUUUACUUAUCUGAAACUGACCCUCAAGGCCUGUAGGGAGCACAUUUCCAGCACUUAUAAAGUUAUUUUAUGGAGAUUAAGUGGGCUGGUGGGGAGAGAUAGGUACCAGGAGUCAUGGCCAGGACCCUCUGUAGUCCAAUCAGCCUCCUGUGCUUGAUUGUUAGGUUGCAGUAGCUGUUAUUCAAAGUGCAUAAACAAAUUGCUUCAUACACCAAAACUGCUUUAUUAAUGGGACACUAUAGAUGCUGACUGGCACCACGCUGCAUUAAGCUGUAAUUGUUUUGGUGACUAUAGUGUUUUUUUUUAGCUAAAGAUUUUUUGGUGUUUAGUGUCCCUUACAAUGAAGCUGACCUUAAUUGUCUGGCACAAAACCAGAAUGAUAUUUAGAUUAUCUAAACAGGGAGGUCUAUUUUAUGGCAGAAACUCUUUCAAGACUACAACACGUUUCUUAUAAAGGGAAACUAUAGUGCCAGGAAAACAAACUUGUUUGUCAUGGCCCCCCCUCCCGUGGUGCAGAAGGGGUUAAUGUCCUCUUCUGUCACUUACCUGGGUCCAGAGCCAAUGUCCUUCGGCGCUAGCUCGGGUGUGCCUUCACUCCUCUGAUGUCGGCCGGGAAGACCUAAUGUGCAUGCGCGGCAAUGGCCACGCUCGCAUUAGGAUUUCCUCAUACGAAAGCGUUAUUCAAUGCUUUCCUAUGGGGAUUCCAGUGACGCUAUGCAUGAGGACGUCCAGCAUCAUUUAGGUGACUAAAAGUCUCCUUCGAGCCCCUAGACAGCCACUAGAGGAGGAUUUAACCCUUGCAGGUAAUUAACGCAGCUUAUGAAAAAACUGCAAUAAUUACAUGCUCAGGGUUAAGGGUGAUGGGACACUGCACCUAGAACACUUUAAUGAGCUGAAGUGGUCUGGGUGCGUACAGUGUCAAUUUAAAGUUCCUUGAAGUCUGCACUCUGUAAGAGCCCAUGACAACACAGGCUUUAUCAUCACUUUGUUAUUUUGAUCAUGGCUGCUGAGUAUAUAUUUCCAGGUUUCUGAAAGUGCAGUUGAGAAUGUAUGAAUUAACCAUAGUUAAAUGGGAGCAAUGCAGGGUCAUUGCCUCUUCCAAUGAGUUUUUCAGGGUUGUGUAAGACACAGGCUUCCACUGAAUUAUGGGUUGUUGUCUAACUCUGGUACACCCCUGUACAUUGAGAAGGGUUUGGCUAUAUGGAGUAGGAUGGAAAAGGAAUGAGCAGUAAUAAAUAAGAAUAUUUGUAGAAAUAUAAUAAAGAACAUUCAGGGUGGAUCAGUGCCUUUAAAAAGGUAAAAAAGAACUGUUACAUCUGAGACAUUUACCUAACUUGAUUGUUGACUAAAAGCGAGGUAUAGGUUCAGCAUUUUAUAUAUCAAAAAUAGAGAUGUUUUUUAUUUUAUAAUCUACAGUGAAUGCCUGACUAUGCUGGCACAGCCAGUCCAGGCCAUAUAAUGCAAAUUAAUGUAAAAGGACACUCUAGGCACCAAAAAAACCUUUAACUUAAUGAAGUUGUUAUGGUGUCAGGAGGCCCCCAGAGGCACUCUUACCUCAAUGGGAUAACUGUUCUUGAACGGUGAUGACCACUCCUCACCUAGCAGCAUCCGGCUUCUGAAUUUUCAGAUACAGGAAGCGCGUAGUGUCGCCGGACAGGACUGCCGCUGAUUGACUGAGAGUGGUCAGCUGACGCUCACAGCAAACCAGUGAUGUCCUAUUCACAAAACUGGCUUACAAAGUAAGGUACCUUUACAAGCUAUAUUUUUCUUUUAGGGUGGGAGGCCCAGUGAGCAGAAUUUUGUAGGUGCCUAUGACGGCCUAUAAAACAAAAGGUUGUUGUGGUAGAGGAUCCAAUCAUCAAAUCUUUGUGAUAGUAGGGCGAACCCAACAAACAGCAUUUUAAAGUUGGUAUUGGUCCCAUUGAGCAAAAUACUGUGGUGUGUAUUGUGAGGACUCCCUAAAAAUUGUUAUAGGGGAAGGCAAAAUGAACACAAUUUUACCCCACAUAUUGAUAUAAUAAUUCCCUCUCUGGCUACACUUACAAGGUGGUUGCAACUGAACACUUCACAAAGUUUUUCUUUUUACUCCGGAUAUUUAAAUUCUUAUACAUCAUUUGUGCAUAGCAUUAAAACUGUGAGGUUGCUACAUAUGUCACAGACUCACAGUCAAAAUGACAAAUAGUACAUUUGAGAAAGGAACAUUGCAUCGCUACGGGAUACUUUAACGCAGCAGCAUUUCCAUGUGAUUUUCUAUUUAGAGCGUCAAAUAAUUAAUUCCAUAAAUACCAUUUGAAAUGUCAUCCUGAUAUAAAACAUAUUGGGGAGAUGUAUAAAUAACAAUGCUAUUUCUAACUCUAAAUUUGAGCCCCCAUCAUUUUAUUCUGGGCUGUAAGCUUGAUAAUAUGUUUAAGGAUGUCUCAAGGACUACACCUGUCAUAUUUUUUUUCUUCAUUUCCAAAUAUGUAUUUUAUAGGUGUUUUGUUGGAGAACAGGGGCAGCUGAGAUCUGGAAGGACACAUAA